AUGGAGGCAAAGAAACUUCUCAAUCGGGUCCACGAUAAUGUGGUCUUCUGUCUCAGGAGUCUUGGCAUUUGGGGAGCGUUGCAGGCUAGUCGUAUUCUCUUGGGCGGUGAUCUUUCUGAGAGGCAAGCAUUAGUUGAGGCAGAAGGAAUUUCAAGUGACGUGUCUAAGAAGAUUGAUGAUGAUUCUGCCGCACGAGUUGGUCAUUCAAAUCUUACUGAGGUUGCCGCCACAGAACCCAAUUGUAGAAUUCUACAUAUAUCAAAUUCAACGCAAUCCAUCGAUGUCGAAGGAUCGCUUGACAGUGGCAUUUCACUCAACCUUGAUUGGAUCUUUCCAGAGUAUUUUACCGUUAAUUUUCCAGUUAAAGGGUCAUGCAGAGGGUUCAUACUUUUCUGCGGCUCCUUAAACAUCUACGUAUGGAAUCCAUCCACUGGAGUUCACAAAAGAAUACCUUUAUCUCCUUUUGGUUCUGAUUUAGAUGCUGAAUAUUUCUAUGGUUUUGGGUACGACGAUUCAACCGAAGAUUACUUGGUUGUUUCAGUGCAUCAUUAUAAUGCUCCUCCAUUACACUUGGAGUAUUACUCAUUGAAAGCUAAUACAUGGAAACAAGUUGAGGGUCCUCACUUCCCUUAUAUCCUUGAGGGUCAGUAUAAGCCUGGGUCUCUCUAUAAGGGAGCUAUUCAUUGGUUGGCUUAUCAUUGUGAUUUACAAAGUCAUGGUAUUGUUGCAUUUGAUUUAAAGGAAAGGAAACUUUCAUGUAUGCCUUUGCCGCCUGGUAUAUUUCAUGGUUUGUGGGUAUAUGGCGAAUUUCUCAGUGUAUAUGCUAUGAAUGAGAUUGAUGAUAUCCUUGAAAUAUGGGUGAUGAAAGAAUACAAAGUGAACUCCUCUUGGACUAAGACUAUUGUUCUUAUUGUUGAUUCCAUCAGUUCCCCAAACCAAGACUUUUUACCAUUGUGCUGUACAAAAAGUGGUGAUAUUAUUGGGUUAGAUGAAGACAAUGGAUUGGUGAAGUACGAUAAAUACGGAGAAUUUCUAGAGCAACAUUCUUAUUAUAAUUACAGGCAUAUAUGCGACGUGACUACGUAUGUGGAUUCUCUGCUUUCACUCCCCGGUGAUGGUGACAACGAGUAA